GGGUGAACACCACUUCAUGGAAGUGGACAUGAAUAGUCCAUUCGAACCUCGAUCGCUUCCAGGAAUGCCAGGGGGAUCCAUGACGCUGAGAGCGAUCAAGGAGCUUCUCCCACAGCUUGCCUCCGAAAUCUCCGGAGUAGUCAAUACUCCUUACUCGUCGUAUGCGAAGACGAACUAUGUCGCCGAUUCGAUGGAUGAGGUCACAAAUGUUCAACCAGCUGUUUCGAGCAUACUGCUGAUGUUAGACGACAUCGCGUUAAUAUCCACAGCCCUAGACCGUUUUUCUAGAGAGCUCAGAAGGACUGUCAAGGACCAUUCCCAGCUCACUUCAGCAGUACUGCGUCUCCCCGUUGAGCUCCUCGCCUACAUAUUCAUGCUCAGCUCCACGCUGCCUGUCGACCCCCCACCUAAGGGACAAGCUCCUUACUAUCACCGCGAGCAGAGGGCUACUACCAACGGGCGCGGGUAUUCCAGCUUGGCACAGGUCUGUCGCAAAUGGAGGGAUGUGGCUCUGCAGACCCCGAAGUUUUGGAAUAUGAUUGAGAUCAUCCCUCCGGAAACGCUGUUCGAACCACUGCUUAUCACGGCGCUCCCAGCCCCUUUGACACCACUCGCAAGGACCGGGACUCUACCCGCAUUCAUCUUCCUUGACCUCUCAGCCUCUAGUAUUGACACUGAUACGAACAUCGGCCAUCUUCCUGUGAACCCCGCAUGCGGUGCGGUGCGGGGCUUACACGCUACGAAGUCGACAUUAGUUUCGCUGCCUACACUGUUCCAGUGGAUCACUCAAUUUGAGAACCUGACACAUCUCUACCUCGAGGAUGUUGGGCUCGAUUAUUCACAGGACUGGACGAAAAGCGGCAUCGCCUUCCAUCUUCUUCACCGUCUAACACAUCUCCACAUGCGCGCACCCUAUCCCUGGCAGGUGGCGCACACCAUCGAGGUUCAGACAUGGCAUAAUCUGCGCUCGCUCAUGUUUGAGAUGUACGAGAACGGUUGGAGCUUCUGCGAUUUUGUCACAAUUUUCUCUCACAUUCCGAAUCUCGUCGAGCUGUGGGUCGUGGAAGACGCCGUCAACUGCCUUCGGGUACUUAGUCAGCGGAUCACCUCCGAUAAACUGCAGCUUUUUUCGUAUACCUUGAACCCGCGUUGGGUCACGGAGGAGCACCACCACCACGUGGUUCGAUAUAACUUCGAAUUUCUCUCCUUUCCUGCUCUCGUGGACCUCGUCGUUACUGCUCCUCCGAACGGAGACGUCGACUUCAUACGCCGCUUCUUGCUUCAAUCAAUAUGCUGCCUAUCCAGCUUCACCUUGAUAGGCGACUUCGAUGACGAGCCAGACAGUACGCCAAGCCACCUGAUUAGUCGUAAUGGAACUAGUCUGGGAGAAGAGUUCGCCAUUCCGUCCGUUGAAUUCGCCAAUAUUUUGAAGGAGUCGCGAAUAUAUCAGGAAGCGAAGGAUAGAUGGUUUUGUAUGGACUCGGCGGUUUGAUUUCUGAUUAAGAGAUGUCCUACGUGAAGGGAGGUUCUAUAUAAAAUAUUU